AUGGUUGUCCUUCAUCUCUUGGGUGAAGGGCACCCAACCAAGCAGUCUUUUGCGGAGAUUCUUUUCUCUACCUCUUCCUCAACUUUGGCAACCAUGACUCCUCUCGAGUUUGCCCUGGGUUUUGUCAUGAGGGUUUUCAAGUGGACUCCCAACUUUUCAGUGGAUACGGAGUCAUUGGUGGUUCCGAUUUGGGUGUCCUUGUCGCAUCUCCAUGUCCAUUUUUUUAGCAAAGGACCUCUAUUCUCUAUUGUGAGCUUGAUUGGGAAGCCUCUACAGAUGGACUCAUUGACAACCAUGCUCUCUCGUCUAACCGUAGCCAAGGUCUGUGUUGAAGCUGACCUUUUAAAGACCCUCCCGGAAAGAAUUUGGAUUCAAAAUGGAUUUGCUGGAUUUUGGCAGCGUGUUGAAUAUGAAUAUCUGCUGGCCUAUUGCACUCACUGCCACAAACUUGAACAUGCUGAGACCUCCUGUAGGCAAUUGCAAGAUCUGCGCCACAAGACGAGCAGCGAUGAUGGGAAAACGGAGAAUCCUACUGUGCAGGAACUGUGGAUACCGAAAGGAAAGGAUGUGCAAUUAAGAACGAAGGAUCCCCACCAGACCGCCAAGCAUCAUGAAAAAGGUCAGCCUUCUCAGCUAUAG